GCGUGCAAGUAGCUAAAAGACAGUGAGAGAAAGACAGAGAGAAGAAGAGCUGUAAUAAAAAGCCAGUCAGAGGGGCUGUUGUAGAGAGCGUGAGCAGCAAUUCUGAGAGAGGGAGGGUGACAGAAAGAGAGGUGGCAAGACAGAGAGGGAAAGAGAGAGAGAGAGAGAGAGAGAGAGAGAGACACGGCUUGCAGAGUGCUCUUCCUUGUUUGUGUGCAGCCGUGGCAGCCAUGGCGUCGGAACCAGGCACCCAGUCCAGGGUGAUGUUUCAAACCAAAGAGGAGGAGCCCCCCCAUCGCAAGCUGGGCAAACUGACAGUGAAAUACAACCGUAAAGACCUCCAAAGGAGAUUGGACAUUGAGGAGUGGAUCGACGGGCAGCUGCACCUGCUUUAUGACUGUGAGGAGGAAGAGAUUCCUGAGUUAGAGAUUGACAUUGAUGAACUUCUGGAGCUCUCAGAUGAAGAACAGAGAACCAGACUUCAUGAGCUUUUGCAAGAAUGUGGAAAGCCAAAAGAGGACUUCAUCAACGGGUUACUUUAUCGGAUGAAAGGCCUGCGCAAGAUGUCAGGACCCCUCAAGAAAUAGGUCAAAAUCCACAAUCAAGAUAAUGUGAAAAACUGUCUGAAAAUUCAUACUCACCUGUAUAAAGUUGUAUGUAUGUCAAUGGAAUUAUGUACAAAUGUUGAACUUCCCUUGACGAGUCAGUCAACAAGGGAGCUGUCCAUAAGUAUAAUUUUUUUUUAUAUUAUUCUUUAUGUACAUUUCUGACACUUUUUCCAGCAGACAUACAGUUGCCUCAUAUAUAAAAUUGUACUGUCUAUUACUCACGUUUUUUUGUGACUUGUACAUUUUUGGUUGCCUAUUUAUAUGUUUUUGUUCUGAAAAGUACUGUAUGUGACCAUAAAGAAUACAUUUUCAAGUGUAGACUGUGUGUAAUCUUUAACCAUGUUGUUAAAUGUUUUCCUCUUAGUUUAGUAUAAUUAUUAAAUGCCACAGUUUGUUGUAGGUGAAUGAAAUAAAUCAUUUACGCUACACUGGGCCAAUUUCUCAAAGGCAUAGCUUAAUUUACAUAUAAAGGGAGCUGUUUUUUAAAAACAAACAACUGUCUUGCAUUAACACGGAUGGAAAAUGUGUUAAAGGCAGAAUUGUACAAUACUGGAAGACACAGUCAUGGGAAAAAGAAAGUACACCCUCCUAAUAAUCUAAAUAACAGUUGUGUUUUUCUAAAUUCUUUAAACCAAUAACUUACAGAUAGGGAAAAAUAAUGUGGUAUGGACUUUUCCGUGGCCAUUCCAACACUUUCAUAUUUGUGCCUCUUUAGUAAUUCAGAUGUUGAUUUCCUGGUGUGCUUGGCAUCAUUGUCAUGUUGCGUGACCCAAAUCAGCCAAGCUUUAGCUGUUGGACAGAUGGCCUCACAUUUGUCUGAAAAAUAUUCAGAAAAAGUGUUGAUGGUUGCCUUCAUCUAUUCAGUUGUUUUAUCCAAAUCAUGAAUUUAACUUAUAUUGCAUAAGAACAUUGUUUCCUUCUUACAAGAGAAGAAAACUGGGAAACCGAAAUUAAACAAAUAUAAAUACAAGUUUGUUUACACCAGAAAAGCCACUAUGGGUCUAUUUUCAAUAUAAUAAAUUACUUGUUAUUUAGAAUGUGCAGAAAAAAACACAAAUCACAAACCUCAUGUUCUAUUGCUUUAUAUUAGCUAUAGAUUUUUGCAUUUUAUAAUGACCAAAAAAACACAUUUAAUUUGGGACUCAACAAUAUGCCGACCAGUUACUAAUUAUACAAUUACAUUAAUUGUUGAGGAGAUUACAGAGACCCGAAUGCCACAUGAUGUAACUCUUGAGUAUUGAUAUUUCUGUGCAUGGAACAGUCUGAACCUGGACUGGAUUUGGACUACACUGGGAUACCAAUUUCUCUGAAGAUUGCCAACUGUCUUGAAAGCUCUGUAUUUGUAAACAACCGAUCAUGUUGUAGAAUUGUGAGUUUCAAACCUUUUGGAGCUGGUCCUAUAACUCUUCCUAGACUGAUGAGCAGCACCAGUAUCUUCUCUGAAGCCACAGGAUGAUGAUUUUUAUUCUUGCCACACACUUGAAUGUUGUAGAACAUUCUGCUGUUAUAGAGAUACUUAGUCACAUUUUCUUUAAUGAUUGUGGAAGUAGGAAGGGUGUAAUAUUUUUCUGCUGCCUGGUUUGGGAAUAUUGUUUGGGACUACAAAUUAAAAUCUAUAGUUUCUCUUUUGAGAAAUAAAAACUUAGAAUUCAAGAUUGUUAUCCUUUAUUCCAUGACUGUAUGUAGAAAAUGAUAUAUUAAAAAAACAAUAACAAAAACAACAGCAAAUCUUACCUAAUAUACACAGUGUAAAAAAGAAGAAAAAUCUUAACUUUGAAAGAUAAUUUGAACACAUCUCUUCUGUAACUGUUGCCUUUAUCUAUAGAAAUGGUAUGGAAUGGUAUCUGAUAUCCAGAGAUGAUGUGAGAAGCUCUCAGAGUAAACUGAAAACCACUUCCAUCUCAGUGCAAUUCUGUGUCACAGCAGCUAUUAUGCGAUGAAUGAAACAUACUGUUGUAAGAUCAUGAAUAGAUAAUUGUGCUUAGCAUGUCACAGAAUUACAUCAUCAUCACAAGUCAAUUCAGUGUGGUCAGCCUGUGGCUGUCUGAAGACGUCUGUCUGCUUGCGCAUAUGCGUCUUGGUCAUGUCUAACACACCUGUUGCUUGUUUCUUUUCAUGAGCAAUUUUAAUGCAUUGCUCAUCCAUUUAAUGUCUGUUGUACUGGAAUUGAGAUGCUAUUAGUAUGUAUAAAUAAAUAAAUAGUAUACAUAUAAUAUAUACACACACACACACACACACACAAAAUUCACAGU